AUGACCGAGGAAGAGUUGUCCAUCCAAUAUUUUGACGUGCCUGCAAGUGUUCGAGCAGUCAGGUGCGCAGGUGCCGACGAGGAAAGAUGUGGUGGAAGCCAUGCAGCCCAGGGUUUGUUGGACUUUGGUGACCUCGUGAAGGUCCUAGCCCUUAACCCGCACGGGUACCCUAAGCUUCCCAAUCUUCAGCCGGUGACCACAGCUGUGUGCCAUGACCUAGCAUGCACAGAUGGGGAUGGAGAGUGGGCAAUCUGUCAUGGCGAAUCUCUUGAUUUGCAAUGUGCUGCACCCGACAACGCCAGAAAGCCUUGCCCUGUCGAGUUGCCUGACCUUGCAGAGGCCAUGGAGGCCUUGGAUGCAGCCACAGCAGCCAGAAGUUUGUGUGCCGUGCAGCGUUCCAGCGGCGCGGCAGCGCACGCCGAACCGGUUGACAUCGAGGUUGUUGUGGACUCAGGGUCCGAUGCUUCUUGCUUGCCGAUGAGUUGGGGAACGAUCGGGCAAUCCGGCGGUGCCGACUCCCAGUGGUACCGCGAUGCCCAAGGAAACCGCAUAUCAGGCCGAGAGAUGCGCGCGGCCACGAUCGAGAUUGCUGGGGUAAAGUUCCGUGAGCAUUGGCUGCUUUCGAGCGUUACCCAGCCUCUCUUUUGUGUUGGCAAGCUGAUGAAGCGAAACGGUUGGGACAUCAUCCAUGAUGCUGACAGGGUUCCACACCUCACGAGCCCUGAUGCUAGAGUGCGCGUCCUACUGUUUUACAAGAACUACAGCUUGCAUGCAAAAGGUUUCAUCCGAGGAGUCACGGCCUCCGAGGCCGAUGGUCAGCCAGGCAUCAGAGCACUUGAGAUUUCAGGCCCAUGGCUUGAGUUGUCUGAGGAAUUUCAUGAAGUUGCUCCUCUUGUGUAUGCCCGGCGGGACUUCAGCGAUUGCUUCGUUGAUUGUUCAGUGGCAUUGUCAGUGCCUCACCUGAGCCUUGGAGUGCAGUACCGCACGACGCUUGUGCAGGACGGUUCGAGUUGGAAUGUCAUCGAGUUGAAUCAGGAUCUGUCUUUGCUUGAACAGCCCGAAGCUGAGUUUGAGCCGAAGCAAACGCGGCAUGUGAUCACCAUUGCGUCUUGUGACAAGAUCGAUGUUGAUGUGCUGUUCAAUCAACCUGCAGUCGGCCCGCCCGAGGCCGAGGAUGCAAACAUGUCUGAUGCAGGGCUUCCUGAGUUCCCUGCUGAGUCCCUUGAUGAAUUGCUUGAAGAUGCGCCGGCCGGAGGGAUUGGAGAGGUUGACCCGAGUGAAGCCCCCAUCGGUGCCGACGCAAGUGCAGCGCCAGACAACUCAGAGCCCGCCAGAGGCCACAUCGUUGUUGAUGGAGUUGAGCUGCAUGAAGGUUGCAAUCUUAAGACAUUGCGUGCUGCGUGCAAAGCUCUAGGCAUAGGCCAGAGUGGCGGCAAAGCCACGGUGUUGUCGAGGAUAGCAAGCCAUCUUGAUAAGCUUAAGUUGCUGGAGCGUCACCAAGUCCAGCAUGAUUCGAUUGCUUUGCAAAGCGAGCUGCGUCAGCAAGCCCCAGUAGCUUCUCCGACGCCCGAGCAAAUCAGAUUGCACUGCCUGAAUCACAUCCCGUACCAGCCAUGGUGUGAGCACUGCAUCAAGUUCCAGGAUGCCCACACUGGUGCCUGUGCUGCUAUCCCUACACCUGCCAAGGGAGGUUCGAUAGCUUUUCGUUUUCUAGUUGCCGAGCUUUGCAAGUUCAUCAGCUUUUGCGGUCAUUCUGAAGUCACCCUGCGAUCUGACGGCGAGCCCACUUGCCGAGCGCUGCAACAGGGUGUAAAGGACUUUAGGGAUAAGCUUAAGCUUGUUACGCACCUUGAGCAAGUCGAGAAGGACAGCCAUGAAGGCAAUCCAGCAGAGCAGGCAGUCGAGCAGCUCAGACAGUUGACCGGGACACUUUUGUCUCAGCUCGAGCAUGAAAUGGGCCAGAAAAUUUCAACGAUGUCCCCGGUCCACGCGUGGGCUUGGAAGCAUGCAGCAUGGUUGCACACCAGGUAUGCGCGGACUGAAGCGCACAGCCCCUUCGAGAUCAUCACCGGCAGACCAUAUCUUGGCAAGCUAAUGAAUUUCUGCGAAGUUGUGUAUGCAAGAGUGAAGUCUUCAAUCAAAGGUAAAGCCCGUUGGGUCAAGAUGAUUUCGCUUGGAAAGCUUGGAAUUUCAGAUCUGCAUUUUGGGGCCACGCGAGGAGGUUCUCUGAUUUCCAGCCGGAGUGUGCGGCGAUUGCCUAAGCAAUUUGACGCGAAUUUUCUUGAGUACGUUCACGACAUGCCUUGGACACAAGCCUCGUUCCUGGCGGGGCAGUCAGGGCAGUCUAGGCUCCAGAAGUCGAUUGCAGGCAAGAGUGAGGAGGCCAGCGACCAAGCCAAGUUGCCAGAAGUCGUUGCCAAUGAUGGGCCGAGGCCCAUGCUGCGUCCAGAGCCUCUUGUGCCAGAUCCUGCCACACCGGCCGAUAUGCUUCCUGCAUUGUCACCUGUUCCGGAGUCUCCAGCGCCGAUGCUGGUCGAAGAGAGUGCAAGCGCUGGCGGGGAUGCGCCAAUACCACCUGCUGCCGCAAGCAGCAGCGAUGGAUCUGCCAGCACUGGCGGAACAGUUCGCCCGGCACCUGUGCAGGCCGAGCCACCGGCCCGAAAGCGACUGAGGCUAGAUGCUGUUCAGACAGAUGCAAGCGGAAAUCAGUUGUUUCAUCAAGAUGAAGAGGUUGUCCUUGAAGGUGAGGUAGCCGAAGAAUAUCUUGAAUGUGCUGAUGCAGCUGACUGGGUUGAGUAUGAAAGUGAAGCCGAGCUUGAAGUGCCAUCUUGUUUGAUUAGGCCAUUUUCUGAAAGUGAACCAAUUUGCAGCCCUGCAGAACUUGAUGAAAUAGAUGCUGUAGCAGAUGCAUUUGAGUUUCAGCGGCUGUCUGGAAGUGGGGUCAUAAGUGAAGUGCCUGAUCGACUUGAAGGCCAUAGAACGCUUACGACCAAAAGCGUGCGGACAUGGAGGCCAAAGGUCUACAAAGGAUCGAAAGUUUGGCUGAGGCGUUCGCGCCUCGUGGCGCGGGAGUAUGCACACUUAGAUCCUGAUAGGCCUGGGUUGUUUUGCCCAACAACGAACCAGAUUAUGCUGCGUGUGAUUCCAGCGCUCUUUCUGAGACGCCGUGAGGAAGGCUGGUCGAUGCUAGCGCUCGAUGUGAGCGAUGCUUUUCUCCAGUGCAGCCAGCAGCAUCCGACGGUCACCCGCAUAGGUGAUAAGUGGUUCAAGUUGUGGCGGAUGCUCCCCGGACAACGGGACGGAAGUGUGACAUGGUACAAUGAUUUCACGAAUGAAAUGAAAGUCGCUGUCGGAGUUGAAUUGCUUCCCGAAAGCCCCGCAUUGUUCAGACUGCCCAGUGGAGCAGGCGGAGGCUAUGUGCAUGUGGACGACAUGCUGGCUACCGGCCAGACUGAACGGUUGCAGGUUCUUGAAAGUCACUUGAAGUCAAAGUUUAAGGUGUCUAGCGAGUGGCUUGAGCACAUAGGAGAUCAAGUAUCUUUCUUGAAAAGGUGCCACAUCCUUGUAAGCCCCACUUUGCUAGUGAUAGAGCCUGACAUCAAAUACCUUGAUCGCCUCAUGCAAGUCACCGGGUUAGCAAAUGCAAAAGAAAGGUACAAAGCAGCUCCGUUUCCGACCGGAGGUCUGCCCACUGAGCUCGCAUCUGAUCGUGAGUUAGAUGCAGCCACUGCCAGCCGGUAUCGUUCAGGUGUCGGUAUCCUCGCUUAUAUGUCCUCAGACCUUGUGGCGUGUCAAUUUGCGAUUAGAUACCUGACUACCUAUUCUCACUCGCCUACUGAAGGAUCAUGGAAGUUGUUGCGGCAUGUUGCAUCGUACAUCAAUUGCCAUCGCAACCAUGUGAUCGGGCUCUCGAAGCCUGUGUCCGGCAAGGGCCUCGUGUGCGACAGGUCCCGCGAGGAGAAUACGACCGUGCUUGAAGUUUGUUCAGACUCCGACUGGAGCGAAGGUAUUUUCUUGUCAGCAUGCAUCCGAUUCCUCCUUCCUGAUUACACGCUUGAACAGAUUUGCCUUGUAGACAACUCGGCAUGCCGAGCCCUGGCGUGCCGACAGGGAGUUGGGAAAAUGCGCCACAUCAGUGGUAAACUUCUUUGGCUUCAGCAGAUGACUAAGGACAAUGUGCUGUCCGUAGGGCCGAUCCCUACAGCUGAAAAUGUGUCGGACCUCGGCACAAAGCCGCUGAAGGCAGAGCGGAUUGAAAAGCUGCUAGGCAUGAUUGGAAUCAGAUGUGCAGACAGCAACUAUGGUGUUAUCGGGGAGUCCUAUCUCCUCUCAGCGAGGGACAAACUGCAUGUGUCCAGAGUUGUUAAACAAGGAGCGCUUAGCACCCAGCAAAUCAUCCAAGUUCUAGCCAUGCUUCUCCAAGUUGAUCGCGUCGCAAGUGCAAACGAUGAGCCCAAUACGCAGAAUGCCGAGGACGCCUUGAGCCAGGACGACGACAAUCUUGGAGUGUUUGCACAGAUUCUUGAAUGGUUUGUGUACAUGUGUUACCUUGUGCGCGAUUUUGCACUUGAGUAUCCAACUGGGAUUAUGCUGAUCAUACAACUGCUGAUCUUGAUCAUGUUGUGCUGUACACUGCUGAGUCGCAAUCGCGUUGCAGUGUUGAGGCAGCAAGCUGACAGUGAGGAAAGCAGUGCGGCAAGCAGCAACACACCCACGCCGAGUGUUGCCGUGCAUGUGAAGGUUGAGGGUUCUACGGUUUCGCUAGCUAGUCCCGAACCUGCCGAAAACCCUAAGCUUAGCAAGCCCACUGCAGAAAGUGCCACCAGUGCGUCCAGCAGCGCAGCAGCGCGUGCCGAUGAUCAUGAUGCUCCAGACCCCAGUGCAAGCUCUUCGAGUGCCGGUGCGAUGCCGAAAGCAACGUCUUUCCCGCCUCCGAGGCACGUUAUCGAUGAGUGGAGGGCUGAGCAACUU